AUGCAACCCCUGAAUACAGCAAACGAAACGGCCGACACUGACCACAUCGACUACGAGAAACAACACGGCGAGCGUGACAUGCAGGCAUUGUCGCAGGGGCCCGCAACGCUCGCAAGACGCUUGGCUGUCGAUGCUCUCCCACAAUGGCUUGCAAUUGGGGUCAUGCUUGGUUUGAUCUUUGGUGGCUGCUGUUCUAAUGUUUACGCUCUUGAAGCCAUUAUCAAAGUUGAGCCUUCGAGCGGCACGCUCUUGACAUUCGUGCAGUUCUUGUUCGUAGCUGUUACUGGGUACAUCUCACAACUUGAUCGCUCGCGACCACCAUUAUUCAUUCGGCCAAACAAAGUUCCUCUCCGCCGUUGGAUGGUGAAUAUUUUACUCUUCUUCAGCAUCAAUGUGUUGAACAACCAUGCGUUCAGCUACGACAUAUCAGUCCCUGUUCACAUUAUCCUCCGAUCUGGCGGAAGUAUCACUACUAUGGUGGCAGGAUCUUUGUACGGCAAGCGAUAUUCGCGCAUACAAAUUGUCGCCGUGCUCCUGUUGACCGUGGGGGUUAUUACCGCGGCCUGGUCAGAUUCACAAACAAAGAACACAACAGAAUCAACUGAGGCUAGUGCUGAGGCACGAGAAGCUAAGCCAACAUUCGGGACUGGCCUCGUCAUUCUUUUCGUGGCUCAAAUCCUGUCUGCAAUCAUGGGUCUCUACACAGAAGAGACGUACAAGAAGUAUGGCCCUCAUUGGAAGGAGAACCUCUUCUACUCUCACCUGUUAUCUCUGCCGCUCUUCUUGCCCUUCCUGCCUUCUCUUGUGAGACAGUAUGGAAGGCUGGCCAACAGCACUCCCCUCUCACUCACACCGUGGGCGGCUGGCAAGUCCGAACCAUCUGUCGACGGAACUUCUGUUUAUCUGAGCGGAAUCCAAGUACCCAGCCAGCUUGCCUACCUUGCUAUCAAUGUUCUAACGCAGUCACAUAAUGAGCCCCGAGACGUAAUCGUCUCCCUCAAAGACCACAUCGUUGGCCUAUCGUCGCCCAAGCGGGGCUCAUCUUUCCCCAACCCCGGUGUAGAAUCUGAUGAAGAGGGCCAGGCGGUAGCGCAGGGUGUCGAUGGUGAUUCAGACACAGAGGAACCUGAUGGGGCGGUGAGAGGUGGCGAUUCCUCCCACGCGCAUUUCGACGAGAGUCCGGCGAAUGGAGAUCUGCAGGAAGGCAUGCUUCCGCGUGACCUGCCCACGCGCACUACUUACUAUGACCCUGUCGCUGAGCGUCAGUUGAGUCAGACGGAUGCCAAAUUGUUCUACCAGAGAAGUCAAAUCGGUCAAAAGAGCAUUAGCGGCAGCCCUAUGGUUACCGGUCAUGAGGCUUACGACCACACCAGCCAACCUCCACGCAUUGAUCAUAGACUCGGAGAGCCAGCUCUAGGCUCUAUCAUGCAGUCUGUCGCCAAAUUAGAGUACGAAGGUCAGAGCCCUUCUCGGGGCGAUGUGUUUCCUGUCCAUUCGGGCAAAGCACCUCUACAAGAUCAGGCACAGAUCCUGGAGGAGACGCCCCGUCCCACUGCCGGCAAUGAAUCCAAUGCGGCCCUGGGCGCCUUCUCUGACACUGAACCCCACAUCACAUCUGAGCUCAGCUCCAUAUCGAAGGACAUACAAGACAUAUUGGACAUGAGACGGAAAUAUAUCGAACUCUCUCUUCAAGGUCCUGACGAUAACCCUAAGGAUCAAGAUGACUGGGAGAUCUACCCACCACCCCCUGAGCCAGCCUGGGCUCAUCAACAUGGGACCAGCGCGGGGCUUGCCACGUCUGGCAACAGUGCAGUGAACAGCCUGCAAAGCAGUAUGGUGCUACCAGCAGCCGCCACGGGCAGUCAAGUCCCUGGGUCAGCUGACCCUGACAUCGACCACACUCUCAAACGAUCAAGCAGGAAGAGAAAGCCUGGACAGAAUGUUGGCGAGGACUUCGUACCAGAAGAGCUGCUGCCAGUUCCUGGCGUCACAGAGAUGACCUUCAAACUUGAUGAUAGCGGUGUCUAUCAAGUUUUCGACAACAAGGAUGAAGAAGCCAAUGGUCAACCUCUGGUACAAGUUCCUACCAUCCGUGAGUUCUACAUGAACCUUGAUCAAAUUCUCAGCCUUUCAUCGGACGGGCCAAGCAAAAGCUUUGCAUUUCGACGUCUUCAAUACCUAGAAGCCAAGUUCAACCUAUACGCCUUGUUGAACGAGUACCAGGAGACAGCAGACAGCAAGAAGGUGCCGCAUCGAGACUUUUACAACGUCCGCAAGGUUGAUACACACGUUCAUCACUCCGCCUGUAUGAACCAGAAACAUCUCUUGCGCUUUAUCAAGAGUAAAAUGAAGAAGUGCCCGGACGAAGUUGUACUUUAUCGCGAUGACCGCCAUCUCACCUUGGCUGAGGUUUUCGAAAGCAUCAACCUCACCGCCUACGAUCUCAGCAUUGACACCCUCGAUAUGCAUGCACACACCGAUUCUUUCCAUCGAUUUGACAAGUUCAAUCUGAAGUACAACCCCAUUGGAGAAUCGCGGCUGAGAACAAUCUUUCUCAAGACUGACAAUUUUAUCGACGGCCGCUAUCUGGCCGAAAUCACGAAGGAGGUCAUUGCCGAUCUUGAGUCAAGCAAGUACCAGAUGGUUGAGUGGCGAAUCUCCAUAUAUGGCAGGUCGCUCGAUGAAUGGGACAAGCUUGCCGCUUGGGUCAUUGACAACAAGCUAUUCUCGCACAAUGUGCGGUGGUUGAUUCAGAUCCCUCGUCUGUAUGACGUGUAUAAAGCAACCGGCCUCAUGGACACCUUUGAACAGGUGGUCAAAAACGUGUUUCAACCUCUGUUUGAGGUUUCCCAGGAUCCGUCGAGCCACCCUAAACUCCACAUCUUCUUGCAGAGGGUGAUCGGCUUCGACAGCGUUGACGACGAGAGCAAAGUCGAGCGCCGUUUGUUCAAGAAGUUCCCUGUCCCGAAGGUCUGGGAUUCCAAACAGAACCCGCCUUAUAGCUACUGGGUGUAUUACAUGUGGUCAAACAUGGCCUCACUGAACGCACUACGCAAGCGCAGAGGAUUCAAUACCUUUGUACUGCGUCCUCACUGUGGUGAGGCGGGUGACAGUGAGCAUCUUGCCGUCGCAGCACUCUGCUGCCACAGCAUUAGUCACGGUCUUUUGCUGCGCAAAGUUCCAUUGUUACAGUACAUCUAUUACCUGGAGCAAAUCGGAAUCGCUAUGUCUCCGCUCAGCAACAACGCUCUCUUCCUGGCAUACGAGAGAAACCCUUUCUACCAGUACUUCCGUCGCGGCCUCAACGUCUCCUUAUCCACGGACGACCCGCUCCAGUUUGCGUUCACUAAGGAGCCUCUCAUGGAGGAGUAUGCGGUGGCUGCGCAGAUUUACAAGCUCAGCUCCGUAGACAUGUGCGAAUUGGCCAAGAAUUCGGUCAAGCAAAGUGGAUAUGAGAAGUCUGUCAAAGAACAGUGGCUCGGUCCAAACUUCCAUCUUCCUGGCAAGGCCGGUAAUUCGAUGGAGAAGACAAAUGUUCCCGACCGCCGUGAAGAUUUCCGUCACCAAACGCUGCAGCAGGAGCGAGACGUGUUACAGCAAUACAUAGCCUUCAAUGCUCGGCAUGACACGGACCCGAGCGGCAAGGCACAAGGGCAGAACACAGCAAAGCCUGCGUCAGUUACGCCGCAGUACGUCAACCAGAAUGAGCCUGCUGCGCAUGAAGGCGCGGUUGUCGCAACUCCGACACGCAUGUCGUCGAUGACGGAGUCGCCAGGUCUCACAGAGAGCUUCAGUGACGUUCAUAUUUCGGGUCGAGAACCAAUCAUUCUGCCUGGUGUGAUUGACGCCAUCAACCGAACACUGCCGCGCGGUCUGCGCCUCUUCCAGACACCUUCCUCAUAA